GAGCCUUAAUGAGGACCACGCUCCAACGGGGGGCGCAGUGGUAUCUGAUCGACAGCCGGUGGUUCAAGCAGUGGAAGAAGUACGUGGGCUUCGACAGCUGGGAUAUGUAUAGUGUGGGUGAACGCAACCUGUUUCCUGGCCCGAUAGACAACUCAGGACUCUUUUCAGAUCCUGAGAGCCAGACCUUGAAAGAACACUUAAUUGAUGAACUGGACUAUGUGUUGGUCCCAACGGAGGCCUGGAACAAGUUACUAAACUGGUACGGCUGUGUAGAAGGCCAGCAGCCCAUCGUCAGAAAGGUGGUGGAGCACGGCCUGUUUGUGAAGCACUGUAAAGUGGAGGUGUAUUUGUUGGAGCUGAAGCUCUGCGAGAACAGCGACCCCACCAAUGUGCUGAGCUGCCAUUUCAGCAAGGCAGACACCAUAGCAACCAUCGAGAAGGAGAUGCGGAAGCUGUUCAACAUCCCCGCGGAGCGUGAAACGCGGCUCUGGAACAAAUACAUGAGCAACACCUACGAGCAGCUGAGCAAGCUAGACAACACUGUCCAGGACGCCGGGCUGUACCAGGGUCAGGUGCUCGUCAUUGAGCCCCAAAACGAAGAUGGCACCUGGCCCAGGCAGACACAGCAGUCAAAAUCAAGCACUGCGCCUAGCAGAAAUUUUACUACCUCUCCAAAAUCACCAGCAAGUCCCUACUCCUCGGUGUCUGCCUCUCCCGUUGCUAAUGGUGAUAGCUCUAACACCUCUGGGAUGCACAGCUCCGGUGUCAGCAGGGGCGGAUCUGGCUUCCCAGCGUCAUAUAAUUGUCAGGAGCCCCCGUCACCUCACAUUCAGCCUGGGCUCUGCGGCCUCGGGAACCUGGGGAACACCUGCUUCAUGAACUCCGCCUUACAGUGCCUGAGCAACACUGCACCCCUGACCGACUACUUUCUCAAGGAUGAGUAUGAAGCCGAGAUCAACAGAGACAACCCCCUGGGGAUGAAAGGGGAGAUCGCAGAGGCCUACGCGGAGCUCAUUAGGCAGAUGUGGUCUGGAAGGGAGGCUCACGUGGCACCCCGCAUGUUCAAAACCCAGGUGGGACGUUUCGCCCCUCAGUUUUCUGGCUACCAGCAGCAAGACUCUCAGGAGCUGUUAGCUUUUCUUCUCGACGGCUUGCACGAAGACCUGAACCGAGUAAAGAAGAAGCCCUAUCUGGAGCUGAAGGAUGCCAACGGGCGGCCUGAUGCGGUGGUGGCAAAGGAAGCUUGGGAGAAUCACAGGCUGAGGAAUGAUUCUGUGAUUGUGGACACUUUCCACGGCCUCUUUAAGUCCACUCUGGUUUGCCCAGAAUGUGCUAAGGUCUCUGUGACCUUUGACCCAUUCUGUUAUCUAACGCUCCCACUACCCCUGAAGAAAGACCGCGUCAUGGAGGUCUUCCUGGUUCCUGCUGUCCCUCGCUGCAGACCUACCCAGUAUCGUGUGACCGUGCCACUGAUGGGGGCCGUGUCCGACCUGUGUGAGGCUCUCUCCAAGCUGUCAGGCAUCGCCGCAGAAAACAUGGUGGUCACAGAUGUAUAUAAUCACCGGUUCCACAAAAUUUUCCAAAUGGAUGAAGGUCUCAACCACAUCAUGCCUCGGGACGACAUUUUCGUGUACGAGGUCUGCAGCACCUCCGUGGACGGCUCGGAGUGCAUCACGCUCCCCAUCUACUUCAGGGAGAGGAAGUCUCGGCCGUCGAGCACGUCCCCCGGAGCCGUGCUGUAUGGACAGCCGCUGCUGGUUUCUGUCCCCAAGCACAAGCUAACCCUCGAGUCUCUGUACCAGGCUGUCUGUGAUCGGAUCAGCCGCUAUAUAAAACAGCCUUUGCCCGCCGAGUCUGGCAGCGCGCCCCUGGAGCUAGGGGCCUGCAAUGGCUCCAGGGGCAGCUGUGAAGGGGAAGACGAGGAAGAGAUGGAGCAUCAGGAAGAAGGCAGAGAGCAGCUUUCGGAUGCGGAAGGCAGCGGGGAGGAUGAGCUGGGCCAUGACCCUAGUGAGGCUACCCAGAAGGUCAAAGGCCAGCCCUGCUCAAAGAGGCUUUUCACCUUCAGCCUUGUGAACUCCUACGGAACAGCGGACAUCAAUUCACUGGCCACGGACGGGAAACUUCUUAAACUCAACUCUCGAUCCACACUGGCCAUCGACUGGGACAGUGAGACCCGGAACCUUUACUAUGAUGAGCAGGAGUCUGAGGCCUACGAGAAGCACGCGAGCAUGCUGCAGCCACAGAAGAAGAAGAAGGCGGCGGUGGCUCUGCGGGACUGCAUUGAACUCUUCACCACCAUGGAGACCCUGGGGGAGCACGACCCCUGGUACUGUCCCAACUGUAAGAAACACCAGCAGGCCACGAAGAAGUUCGACUUGUGGUCCUUGCCCAAGAUCCUUGUGGUCCACCUCAAGCGUUUCUCCUACAACAGAUACUGGAGGGACAAGCUGGACACUGUCGUGGAGUUCCCGAUCAGAGCUCUGAACAUGUCCGAGUUCGUCUGCGACCUGUCCGCACGGCCUUACGUGUACGACCUCAUUGCCGUGUCCAACCACUACGGAGCCAUGGGGGUGGGCCACUACACUGCAUAUGCGAAGAACAAACUGAAUGGAAGGUGGUAUUACUUUGACGACAGCAACGUGUCCUUGGCCUCUGAGGACCAGAUAGUGACGAAAGCAGCUUACGUGCUGUUUUACCAGCGUCGAGACGAGGAGACACCAUCGCUUACCGGUUUUCUUGGUCCCUCCGAAGGGGGGACAAGACCCAGCAGCUCCCAGCAGGGCAUGGGGGACGACGACGAGACUUGCAACAUGGACACCAACUGAUGCUCCCUCUGCGACCCUACCACUCACAGCACCGUGCAGGUCUCCAGAUCUGUCGCUCUGAAGACUGCUAGUGUUCAGUCUAAAAUCCAGAUGAGGAAAUUCUCUUCUUUUAUGAGUAGAAGAAAAAAAAAAAAGACCCUGUUUGCCCAGAAGGGUUAUAUCCAGA